AAAAAAAACUGACCAAAAACAUAACCUAAAACAAUUUCUGAAACAUUGUGGUUUGAUAUGUACUUAACUUUUUAGAAUUCUUUAUAUCUUCUUGACCUUUUUAUCUUUCUUUUGUCUUAAGUUUUAUUUAUCAAAUGGGAAGACGAAUUCCUGGUAAAAAACACAAAGGAGUCAAGGAUCCAAUAGCCCAGAAAGAAUUAAGGGAGGAAGCGCUAAAACAUUGCAUCAAUGCUCCACCAAAGGAUAUUGAUGUUCAAGAAAUACCAAAGAGUCUUGAGAGACUUAUAAAACUGAAGCAGAUGACCAAGGAAGGCAUGUUCAAUAAAGUAAAAAAGAAGAAUAAAAAGAAAAAUACUAAUUUAAUGGACACUUCAAAACUAGCUGUUAAGGAAAAGGUUCUACCUGGGAUGACUAGGCCUGACAGAGAACUGCCUGUACUAGUCCAGAAACGUGGAGAACCAGAUAAGGUCUUUUUGAACCGGGUCAGACUUGCAACAAACAGUUUUAUCAAGGAGGUGAAUUUCGAAGUGAAGCACAACAUGAAGAUGAAGAGAGAUAAGAAGACUGGGGAGGUUACGUUUGAAAAAGUUGAGUUGGAUCCGAUAGAGAAAAUGUUCCAAAAAAAGAUACUGGCUACAGAAAAACGGAAACACAAGAAAAACCGCAAAGAUGUAGCCGAGCAAGAAGGGUUGAGUAAAACUGCCAGACGCCGAAUGAAACUUCAGGCGAGGAGGGCUGAGCAGGAGCUGCCCGAGAAGGAAGUAACGAGAGAAGAUGAUUUCUCCAAACUCCAGGACAAGGUGGAGUUCAAUGAAGUCGUUCACCGGCCACCACAGCUCACGGCGUUACCGAGGAAGGCUGUGGCUGCUGACUCAGCGAGAAGGCCUGGAAGCAAACCUGGUCUCCUACUGACACAGAUCUUGGCCUCAAGUGGCAGAUCGAACCGAGAACUGAGUGGUCGGCGCAGGGACCUAUCAGCAUCCGAUCGGCGCAGGCUAGACUCAGCGCAGACUGAUGCAAUUCAAGCUUACCGGCAGAUGAAAGCUGCUCGUGCCACUGCUGCUGUUAGAUAGUGUUCUUUUGUGAAAUAAAAGUUUUUAUCUU